AUGGAAAAGCGUCUUGGGGGUAUCUCGAUAGCUGAUGUCCCUGACCUGUGCACAGGGACAAGCGUCGGGGCGCUGAUGGCAAUGGAUAUUACUCUCAAUGGGUCUUCAGCCGAAGAAAGUCUCGCCAAAUUUCCUGACUUCGCUCGGAUAAUCUUCGAACCCUACUACCAACCCACAACUCCCUCCACCCUCGCCCGCCACCACUCCCACGCGGCUCCACAAGGAUCCCAGCCCGUCUCAAACGAGCUCUGGGAUUCACUUCAGGAAGACCUCUCUUUGGCUACCUUGCAGCAUCCGACCCAGUACCCCUACCGGGCUUAUCCCAAUGUGCCCACGACGGAUCCCACGGUCGAAUUCCACGUGUCUGGCGAUUAA